AUGCCGCAGGUUCGUGCUCGAACUAUUGGCGAAGAUCGCACAGACUCAGAUGUAAUCAUGGGAGCUCCGACUCGGAAGCUGUCAGAGUUGACCUUGGUCGAUACGACCCUCAAAAAAGAAAUUCUGGGCGCUGGUAUCGAUGAAGAGGCCCGAUGCGAUGCCGCGCAACCAGCCGCGCGCGGCGACCCUGUUCAAGCCAACGACCUGUAUGUUCGCGAGACCAUGCGUGCGUUUUUGCCCAGCGCUUGUCACCAACAGGAGAGUGGUGGAGGAAAGGCAAAGAAGGAAAGCAAACGCAUGCAGAAGCUCUUGGGCUCUGAGCGCCAGCCGUUGUGCUGGCAUGAGGACCAUGGCUCCUUGUACGAAGAGAUUUUGACUAUGCUGGGCGCCGUGGCGUGCAUCGACCUCACACCGGGCACCGGCGUGGGGGCUGUGGAGUGCGCAAAGAAAGGGUUGCCAGAGUGGAAGAAAGUCUUGGGAGACAUGGCCGAGGAACAGAAUGAGGAAGAAGGUUCUGAGGAAGGGAGUGCUUCGGACGAAGAAAGCUGA